CCUUAAAUUUAACCCCAACAACCCUCCCACACCCUCUCACCUUCAAUCCAAUUCACAAACCAAAACCUUUCACUUUCUCUGUUUUCCUCUGUUCUCUUCUCUCUGUUUCUCAUUCUCAAUCCUACAACAAUGGAGGGUCUUAUUCCAUUUGUUUACAAAGCUAUUGUCCAAUACAAGAACAACAAAGAAUGCCCUAUUGGAUCAUGGUUUUCUGAAUCACCUUCAUACUCAUACAUGAAACUUCCUGGUGACUCGGGUCGGUGUCAAACCUCUGCUUCUGCUCUGUUUGGAUCAGAUUAUGGAUUCUCUGCAUCAUCCCCACCACCAUCUUCUAAGCCUGCAACUUCUGCUACAACCCAAAUCACAGUUUCUUCUGGAGCUCAAUCCCCACUUCGUCACAUGAGUAUUCACAGGGUUUCAACAUGAAAAUUGCUCAAUCUGUGUUCUGGUACAUUCAUGUGGUUCUGCUUGAAAUGUUAAGUGUUCAAGUUUGUAUCUUCCAAUUGUUUGGAUUGCAAGUGUGUGGAUAACGAAAGGAAUCAUACGCUUGGGUAGUGUUGAAUUAGUAGUAUUAUGCAAUUGUAUAUAUUUGUUAUUGAUGCUUGUAAAAUGUUGGUGAAAAUGUAUGUGUAAAGUGGCCAAAGGGUCAUGUAUACUAUGUUCUUUGUAAGGGGGUGAACAUUGGAAUGGAUGGUUUUCUUGGCCUAAGGGGUCAUUGAAACUAUGAAUUAGUGGAAUAAUUGUACUGCAACUGUUUGUUUGA